AGGAAGGUGACAUAUCACCAUUUUGCAACAGAUGUAUCUAGACGUUAAGUGUAUUUGUCUGGAAAAGCGUAAAAUUCGCCGCAAAUCCUACCAAAAAUGGCCGAGGAACACUUAAAUUUCUCACCAUCUUUUCAUUCCUUAACCAUUUUUUCACUUGGUUCUACGGUAUACAGAUAAAGGGCAUGGUUUGCAAGGAAAGCGGAUUGAAUGCAUAAGGAUCAGAGAUCAAUCGUGAUGGCCGAGGCGGAAGGAUGCUAAAAACAACACCAACCUUUUGACUCCAUCCUGGAUCAACAGUCGUUAAUUUAUUAGUAAAUUACACAUUUCCCCCUUUGAAACUUUAAAGCCGAAAUGUAGUUAUUAAAAGACUUCAAUAUUGCUCGCUGUGGAAGGAAAGGAUCGAAAUUUUACUCUGAAAAUCAGUUCUAGACUUAUAGAAAUCCAUAAAUAAUGUAGACAGUACCACAUAUCGAAAUGGGCGAUCCACACAACAGAAAAAAUUCAGCCGUUAAUCGUUUGCGUAAUCAGCUGAAGAAAAAACGAGAGUCUCUUGCAGACCAGUUUGAGUUCAAAAUGUACAUUGUUUUUCACUUCAAAGAAAAGAAAAAGAGAGCUGCCCUAUUUGAAGUUUCAGAUGUAGUUCCAGUAAUGACUAACAACUAUGAGGAUUGUAUUCUUAAAGGUGUCAAGGAUCAAGCUUACUCUUUAGAAAGUUCUCAGGAACUGUUAGAAAAAGAUAUUGUUCAGCUCCAUGCUCCUCGUUGGCAUCCACUGAGACGUGAUAUUCUUGGUUGUACUACUGAUGUAGAUUUUCUUCUGUGGCCAAGAAAUGACAUUGAAAAAAUUGAAGGGAGGUUGUUUUCUAGAUGGAAGGGAGAGGAUAUGCCUUUCAAGCCAGUCAUGGAAGAUUUUGUUUACACUCAAGAGGACUAUGAUAGACAACUUGCUCGUUUGGUCAACAAGAAGGAGAGAUCGGCUCUGAUAAUUAAUGACCCUAAACAGUCUAUGUUCUUGUUUCUGGAUAAGCACCAUAUCCAGACAUCCACAAACAAGAUGACUGUAUUUAAGCUGUCCAGUGUCUGUCUGUAUCUCCCACAGAAUCAGCUGACAUUAUGGGGUGCAGGUACCAUCAGUGACUUUUUGUCUACACAUCUCAUGUAGAACAGCAGUUAUACAUGGAGCUCCUACCGUAAAAAAAAAAUGAUAAGGAUUUGGACAGUUUGUUAAUUUUACCUGUCAGUUAAGCUUAUAUUUUGCAUUCCAUUUCUUUGAUAGGAACACAUUUGCUCAGUAAAGCAGAUCAUUCAUGGUAUAUUUACAGAAAGUUUGUGUUGAGUUUUUAGGGUAAUAGAGCCCAUAGCGUAUGUAAGCUUUUCUGAUCAAAGUUGUCCAGCAUAAAUAUGUCUGUGUCCACAUUUUCAUUUUCAACUUGAGAGACAACUGGGCUUAUUUCAACCUGCUACAAAGCAAGUUUGGAUGAAGCUUGAGUGAAGGGGAUUCAAAUUUGUUCACAUGUAAUUGGAUGGUGUCAUUUAAAAACAUUUCCAAGAAUCUCAGAUCUAAAAAGGAAUAAACUUUAGUGAAAGCUUGCAUGUUCGAAUUAUUCCCAGUCAAGUUUGGAAGGGGCCCCAGUAAGGGAAUACACUGUAACACAUGAAUAUUUCAGGAAAAAAAAACUUUGAAAAUAUUCUUCAGAAAAAUACAGCUUGUCAAAUGCUACAAUUAGUAUAUAAACAAAUACUGUUGGUGUGAUUGAAAUUUGUUCUAAUUAUGAGUUUGCAGUUUGAACUGAAGAAUGUAUAGGAAUAUACAUGUAUUGGAAAAUCCUAUAAAAAUUUAGUUCCGAUUUAAAAUGUCCAAGUCCUAAUCUCAAGAUGGGGCGACAGAAAGUGGGUUCAGUUUUACACAUCACAUGCAUACUAGUAUUUAUAAGAGAAAUUAUUACAUGUUUUAAGGCCAAUUCCUUAAAAGUCAAAACAAUAACAAGGAUGUAAUAGGUCACAUUGAUAAUAAUGUCACCCCCAUGUAGGUAAGAUUCAAGGUUGUUCAAGCAUCAUUACAAAUUUACAGCUUUACAUGUGAAGGUUCUUUGAAAAUUCCUUACCUACAAAACAGUAGAACUAUAAGAUUAACAAAAUUUAAAGGUAUUUAAUGGCAAACAUCCCCAUAAAGUGCAGAUUUAUAUCCAAGUCAUGAAGAACCAGUUAUUGGUCAUUUGUUUGAUGCCACAAGAAGGGGUCUGAUUAUAUAGAAGGAACUUUGUGACUCAGGUGAGUGUUGUGGCCCAUGCCCUUUUUUUAUUUUUUCUCUUUUUUUUUUGUUUAGAUAUUUUUUAAUGCAGCUGUACAAGGAAUCCUUAUUUUAAUCUAAAGUAAACAUUACUGACCACAAAGAUUACACAUUCAUUGUGGAUCUUUGUUCACCAGAAGGAUUGUUAUAGUUGAUAUGAUUAAGAAGAGUAUUCUGUUUAAAACAAAUGUUUAAUUUUCUCUGUUUUACAAUGAUUAUCAAUAUGAAAUAUUUGAAAUCAGCUUGUAAAUUGCAUAUUUAGCCUCCAAUGCCUUUUUAUUUGAUUUCCCCUUUAUAUUUAAGAAGAGCCAAUGAGUAAGUUCUGAAUAGGCAUGUGUUAAAGUUUUGCAGAGAAUAUUUCAUUCAGCAAUGAAAGUGUAACUAAUAAGGAAAUAUUGCUCCAUUGCUGUUAAUUUGAUAUGUAUUAAAAUUUGCGCUAUUUCUGGAAAAAAGUUAAAAGUGCAUUUUUUCCUGUAUUUUUGGCAGUGGGUGUGUUUUGCUAGUAAACUCAACAAGCAAGCACAUUUCCAAGCCUCACUGUUAAAAGUUUAAAGAAUGAAUGUAUGAAAACAAGGGUAUCAUUGCAUUGUAUCCAAAAACAUGCCCGGUGUUGCCUCAAUAAUUCUUUUUUGUCAAUUUAUUACAGGUGUUUAAUGCAUGUACUGCUGAACAUAUGAAAAUCAUUUUGUGAUGUAUACAGCAAGAUCCAAUUUAAUAUGCUAAUAUAAAUUCAAACAAGUUUAAUACAUGAGAAUAUUUUCUAAAUGAGAAAAUGUUUCAUUUCCUAUAUUACAUGGAUGUAGGUUUUUGUCAUAUUUGCUCAGUUAUUUGGAAGAAGUAUUUUAUUGCAAGUUUCUGAAUAGUGCGAGAGUCUACUUACAGUAAUACAUAACAGCAUAAAGUGUUUGAUAUAAAUAUACUUACAGCAGAUAAUUUUUGAGGUUGUUCAAUAUUUUUUGCAGAUUAGUCAAAAUACCAAAAUUAGAAUUAAAGCAAAAUAUCCCCUGUAAGACUGACUGACAAGGUCUGUGAUUAAUCCAGUUUAGCUCCCCAUUUGACUUUAAAAUGAGAACAAAAUAAGGACUGUAAUAGACUGGAAAAAAAGAAACAAGUUGCAUUUGUCUAGUACUGACUUCCCAAAUAGCAUACAUAAUAAAUGAGGUAGAUGGAAUUGAACAAUCUUUUGAAUUUUCUCAAUUUUUAGCUCACCUGAGCUGAAAGCUCAAGUGAGCUUUUCUGAUCACCCGUUGUCCGUCGUCCGUCCGUCUGUCCGUCCGUCCGUCUGUCUGUCCGUCCGUCUGUAAACUUUUCACAUUUUCAACUUCUUCUCAAGAACCACUGGGCCAAUUUUAACCAAACUUGGUACAAAGUAUCCUUGGGUGAAGGGGAGUGUAAAUUGUUAAAAUAAAGGGCCAAGUCCCCUUACAAGGGGAGAUAAUCAAGAAAAGACAAAAAUAGGGUGGGGUAAUUAAAAAAUCUUCUUCUCAAGAACCACUGGGCCAGAAAAGCUAAUACUUAUGUGGAAGCAUCCUGGGAUAGUGUAGAUUCUAAAUUGUUAAAAUCUUGACCCCCGGGGGUAGGGCGGGGCCACAAUAGGGAAUCCAAGUUUUACAUUGAAAU